CUAGCUAGCUCUGUAUAGCCGACCCAAAACAGAACGCCUUCUGGAGCCGACUGAAUUGUCGUGCUUAACAAAACAUGACUGUAAAAGCUAUUCGCGCUCUGGAUCAUAUAUGCCUCAGAUUCUGUCCCUGUUUGCAGCAGCACCAACAUAUACUCUCUCUCUCUCUCUCUCUCUCUCUCUCCAUAAAACCACCCCCCUCCCCCCACUACCCAAGCCUCAAGGAUCAAUUAAAACCAUCAAACUCUUCCUCAUCUUCUUCCUUUUCUUCAACGUUCUCAUCUCAUAAUCUCAAAAUCAAUUGAAGACAAGAGUAACUCUAACACUCAGAAAACCGAUGCCUUCGGACUCCAACGAGCACCGCAGGCCAACAAAGCCUACCCACAACACUGGAGCCCCACCACCCGAACAAGAGCAGCUUCCGUGCCCGCGAUGCGACUCCACCAACACCAAGUUUUGCUACUACAACAACUACAACUUCUCGCAGCCCCGUCACUUCUGCAAGUCCUGCCGCCGCUACUGGACUCACGGCGGGACGCUCCGAGACAUCCCCGUUGGUGGCGGUUCUCGCAAGAACGCCAAGCGUUCUCGCACCGCCAUCGCCACCAGUGGCGCCGUAUCUUCUACCGCUACUUCUCACGUCGACCUUUUGCCGGCCAACCCUGUUCUGGUACCUUUCACGCACAAUCAUGGAUCUUCCGUACAUUUUGGGGCUGGUAUUAACGGCGGUGGGGCAGACGGGAAGGGAAAUGUGAGCGUUUGUGGGAGUUUCACUUCUCUGCUGAACACUCAGGGGCCGGGGUUUUUGGCGCUUGGUGGGUUUGGGCUCGGUGUAGGUCCCGGGUUUGAGGAAAUGGGAUUUGGGCUCAACAGAGGUAUGUGGCCUUUUCCCGGCGUCGGAGAUGGUGGUGGUUCGGGCUUUGUAGUCGGUGGUAAUGGUGGUGCAACGGGAAUGGGGAACACGUGGCAGUUCGAGAGUGGCGAAUCCGGGUUUGUCGGAGGAGAUCAUCAUUGCUUUUCUUGGCCGGAUUUGGCAAUCUCAACCCCAGGAAAUGGUCUCAAAUGAACUCCUCUUUGUCUAUUUUUUGUUCUUGUCUUCUAUGCAUGGAAACUGUGGUUUAGGGUUUUGCUCGUUAGUGUUGAGAGAGUAAACUGUGGCAUGAAACUUAGACAAAAAAAUGAAUUAGACUAGUUUUUUUUUUUUCUUUUUUACUGUGCUGUGUAUUCUUUUUACUUUUUUUCAAGCUAGUGUCUAUGCCUGCAUGUAAUUCUGAUAGUUGCUGAUGUGCCAUAUAGCUAUUAGUUUCUUCAAUUUA